AGGAAGCGGAAAGCCGCGCCGAGUCGCCGGGGACCUCGGGGCGAACCAUGUUGAGUCCUGCCAACGGGGAGCAGAUCCACCUGGUGAACUAUGUGGAGGACUACCUGGACUCCAUCGAGUCUCUGCCAUUCGACCUGCAGAGAAACGUCUCGCUGAUGCGGGAGAUCGACGCGAAAUAUCAAGAAAUCCUGAAGGAUCUGGACGACUACUAUGAGAAGUUUAAGCGCGAGACGGACGGCGCCCAGAAGAGGCGGGUGCUGCACUGCAUCCAGAGAGCCUUGAUUCGGAGCCAGGAGCUGGGCGACGAGAAGAUCCAGAUCGUGAGUCAGAUGGUGGAGCUGGUGGAGAACCGGACCCGGCAAGUGGACAGUCAUGUGGAACUCUUUGAGGCGCAUCAGGAGAUCAGCGACACCACAGGCAACAGCGGCAAAGCUGGCCAGGAGAAGUCUAAGAAUGAGACAAUCACGCAGGCAGAGAAGCCGAACAACAAGAGGUCCCGGCGACAGCGCAACAAUGAGAACCGAGAGAACGCAUCUAAUAAUCACGACCACGACGACAUCACCUCAGGAACGCCCAAGGAGAAGAAAGCAAAAACCUCCAAGAAGAAGAAACGCUCCAAGGCCAAGGCGGAGAGGGAGGCCUCGCCCGCAGACCUUCCCAUCGACCCGAACGAGCCGACGUACUGCCUGUGCAAUCAGGUCUCCUAUGGGGAGAUGAUAGGCUGCGACAACGACGAGUGCUCUAUCGAGUGGUUCCACUUCUCGUGCGUGGGGCUCAGCCAUAAACCGAAGGGCAAGUGGUACUGUCCCAAAUGUCGGGGGGAGAGCGAGAAGACAAUGGACAAGGCGCUGGAGAAGUCCAAAAAAGAGCGCGCCUACAACAGGUAGUUCGCGGACUGUCAGUAGGAACAGGACAGACAGUGUAUUUAUUACAUGGCCGCCUCGUGGGCGUGUGAGGACUGUAAAGUGUGUGUUUUAAAGAAUGUCAGAAAAGGAGCCAUUCCUCUGGGGUGGCAGUGACUCUCUGCCUGUUGUUUUCGUUGCUAUGUGUAUGACAGGAAGUGGUUGUGGGUCAGCAUUUUAGAAACUACAAAUACAGGUUUGACUUAAACACUCAA